AUGGCGUCUAACAUCGCAACUUCUGCCUCUAGACCUAGAGGACAGGAACAACAGGGAGAGGCGACGAUUGAAGAUCCUCAAAUCUUGAUGAACAAGAUAAAAAAGUUAAAAGAAAAGAUCCAAAAGGAGCGGAUGGAAACAGUUCAAAAGAAACUUCAGAUAAAUGAGAAGAAUCUCCAAUGUGAACUUUCCAAGGUCAUGACAACAGUGUCAAGAUAUGACUCAUCAAUAAUUGGGAAGGAUAAUGUUCAAACACAUUCAUUAAAAAUUGAACAUCCAUUAGAGAUGUACGAUCGUUUCCCACGAGGUUUGGGAAAUAAAUACCUUCAUGUUGUUCAUGAUGUAUCAUUUAAGAAAACUUUCAGAUUACAACGUGUUGAAAAGAUACCUCAUUAUACAACAUGGUUACACUUGAUUAGAAAUGAGAGAAUGACGAAAGCUGAUGCCUUUUCUGCAAGACGAAACAUAUAUUACGAUCAACAUGCAGGUGAAACAAUGAUAUGCAGUGAUACCGAUGAAGAGGUCCAAGAGAACAAAGAAGUUAAACGUGACUUUUCUUAUGGUGAAGAUAAACUUCUAUGGAUGGCAAUUGAGGAAUACUGUUUAACCGAUGAAGUGUUGAGUAUCGUUCAAAGCUAUAUUGGAGGUACCACUGCAGAAAUUGAGGAGAGGUAUAAAUAUCUCAAAGAAAAGAGCAUGCUUUCUAAAGAUUCAAGAGAAAAUGCAUCUAAUUCUGGCCUAUGUUUGGAUAAAAGUUUGAGUGAGGCUUUAAGUACUUUUGAUCACUUUUUCUGUCGUCGUUGCUUGAUCUUUGAUUGUCCUCUACACGGAUGUUCUCAACCAUUAAUAUAUUCGAGGGAAAAGCAACCAAUUUGGCAACCAAAAGGUGAGAGGGAAGUAUGUGGAGAUCAUUGUUACCUUAAGAUAAAGGAUGUCAAUAUCUCAUCAGAAGGUUCAACUUCUGGGUCUUUUUCGGAUAAUGAAAUUCAAACAAUGGAGAAUGUAGAUGAGAUAUUGGCACCCUCUAAUUCAAAGGAAAUCACAUAUAAAAUAGAAUUGAUGCGAUUAUCCAACUCAAUGGAAGGUCAAGAUGAUAAGAUGCAUAAUAUCAUAGAAUGGAAACCUUUGGAGAAAGAUAUAUGUUUAAAGGGAAUAGAGAUGUUUGGAAAAAACAGUUGCCUUAUAUAUCGGAACUUACUUGCUGGCUUCAAGACAUGCAUGGAAAUAGAUAGAUACAUGCGUGAAGAGAUGCCAAAUGGAUCUACAGAUGAAAAUGGAACAUUUGUUGCACAGUAUAAUGACCAUGAGGGGCCAUCAAGCUCCAAGAGAGGUAGGAGAAAAGGGAAAAACAAGAAGUCCGGAUAUUUGUCAAAGUCUCGAGGCAUCCGAUCUAGCGGAAAAAGAAUGAUUGCUGGGGAUACUGAACCUUAUAAGCCUCACUAUACACCUUGUGAGUGUCAAGGAAUGUGUACGAAGAAAGAAUGUCCUUGUCUUCUUCAAGGAUCAUGUUGUGAGAAAUAUUGCGGGUGUGACAAGCAAUGCAGAUACCGAUUCAGAGGAUGUCUUUGUGUUAAAAGUCAGUGCAGAACUCGACAAUGUCCAUGUUUUGCAGCAAAACGGGAAUGUGACCCAGAUGUCUGUAAAGAUUGUUGGGCCAGUUGUGGCGAUGAUACGUUUAAAGGGCCAAUUCCUCGUGGUGAUGGUCAAUGUGAAAACAUGAAUCUUCUUUUGGGGAAAAAUAAACAAAAGAUUCUUUUAGCAAGAUCUGAUGUUGCUGGAUGGGGAGCCUUCUUAAAGAACUCCGUCAACAAAAAUGAGUAUUUAGGAGAGUACACAGGUGAAUUAAUCUCUCACAAAGAAGCAGAAAAACGUGGUAAAUUGUAUGAACGUGAGAACUUCUCUUUCCUUUUUGACGUGGAUGAUAAGGCA